UCUUCUUCAAACCCAUGUACACGAACUCACAUAGUUCUUGUUGUAAAAUGUUGUCUGUGGCUGUCAUUAUACAAUUAUAAAUAGUUCGUCUUUGGUUAACUGUGUACAUCGUGAAUCUGCAUUGAGAGCACUGGUGAAAGAAUUGCGUGUAUCAUUGCAUAAAGGUCACUCUAAUAUAAAACGGACUUUUUUAAUUGCAGAUACAUGCACCGACCAUGUCCCAGCUCCAGAGCUACCUGGAUAAAUUCUUCCCGUACCCGGAUGGCGAGUUUUACCGAACACUUGCGUUAGGAGACGCGCAGACUGCGUUUAAAGGAUCCAUAUUUGCCUCGGCUGUGACCGGGGCUUUGGCUUUUAGAGGAGAAAAUACGAUUGAGGUUGUUGACAAGAUUAUGGAAGGGCUGUCCAAUGUGGCAAUAGAUGACGUUGAGAGCAUCAACGGUGUGACCAUUUCCGCCUUACUGGCGACCGUUAUUCCUGAAAUGGUGUCCGGGAAGUCUCAGGUAUUGGCAGCUACCUACAUAAAGGAUGCCUUCGGCAAAACAAGGGAACUCGCAGAUGACCUGGAGGAGAAUCCGAUGGGAGAUAUCAACAAAAUGUCGGCGGUAAUGAUGUCAGGAUCUGUGAACGUGUUGUCUGCCUCAAGCACAAUGGCCGAGAAGGAACAGGUGGAUGACAACACAUACUCCUCCAAUCUAGCCUACAAUAGAGAGGCCACUACGAUAUCGUUCCAAGCCCUGGACAUCAUGGAUGACAUUUAUCUAAACAAGCUGAUGCCGGAAUUCUCGGAUCAGGAAAUCUACGCUGAUUUUUCUUUAUCAAAGUUGCAUCUCAAGAUCAAGCGGGAGAACCGGACGAGGAUGUCGGGGAGAGUGUACCUAGUUGGAGGAGACAGCGAUUCUCUGGUCAGAGUUCCUUCCUUCCCAAACCUGCUCGGAGAUUCCUGCAAUGGGGAUCAGGAUGUUGGGAUCCAGUUCUUAGAGUCCAACUUCAACCCGUUCGAGUACUCCAACAACUCGCAGGAGAUACGCACUGACGUCACCGGUCUGGAGGUGAAGUGUGGUAACCGGACACUUCCGGUUUCCGGUUUGAGUGAGCCCAUCGACAUCCUGACCAGACGGAAGAACGAGAGUCUGGAUGGAUCCGUGUAUGUCUUCAAGGCGUCGGUAUCACUCGGCAACCUGGCGGUGAGUUGGUUUACUAGCUAA